CAUCCCAAUUUAAUGAAACGUCCAAAAAGAAGAAGAAUAACGUUAGCAUAAUUUUUCCAGAAUUCCAGCUGUUUUCCAGAUAAAAAGACCAUCCCGUUUGCCCCUUUCUUGUCAUAUUCCAUCUCCUUAAAAACUCUUCAAAUUCCUCUACCAACUAACCCUGGUUAACUUACCAACCCUAGUUAACAUUCCAACUCCACACCUUGGUUAACCCUAGUUAACAAUUUUCCCUUUUAUUAUUCCCCUGCUCUGCUUCCCUACUCUGCUUCAGUACAGUAGUAGCAGAGUAUCAAUUCACUUCCAUUUCCAUUCUUUUGCUUUUCUCAAGUUCACAUUUUUCCACUUUCCCACUGCUUUGCUCGGAGCAAUGGGAAAUCUUAAACUCCAAAUCUUCCUAUUUGCCCUUUGUGUUGCCUCCAUUUUGGCCAUUGCAAAUUCAUCCAACAUCACUGAAGUCCUUGCCGGAUUCCCUGACUACAGCGAGUUCAACAAGUAUUUGUCCGAGACCAAACUCGCCGACGAAAUUAACAGCCGGCAAACCAUCACCGUCUUGGCUUUAAGCAAUGGAGCCAUGGGCACCCUUGUUUCCGCGGCCAAGAACGAGAUUUCCAAAAUCAAAGCAGAGUUGUCCCUUCACGUGGUUCUCGACUACUUCGACCCAUCUAAACUCCACGACAUCUCCGACGGUUCAGUUCUCUCCACCACAUUGUACCAGACCACCGGAAACGCGCCGGGAAACCUGGGUUCCGUCAACAUUACUGAUCUGAAAGGUGGGAAAGUUGGGUUCGGCGGUGCUUCCCCUGGCUCCCCUCUCAAUUCCACUUACGUCAAGCCUGUCAAACAAAUCCCAUACAACGUUUCCGUCAUUGAGAUCAGUGCGCCCAUUAUUGUGCCUCAAGUUUUGGACGCCGCCGGCCCCUCGUCGUCGAAUAUUACCGAUUUGUUGGUGAAGGCCGGAUGCAAAACUUUUGCUAAUUUGAUUACCCAGACCGGAGUUAUUAAGGAUUUCGAAUCGGCUGCUAGCAAGGGAUUGACGAUUUUCGCACCAAACGAUGAGGCAUUUAAGACGGCGAAUGUGCCAGAUCUAAGCAAGCUUACCAGCGCCGAGCUCACUUCGCUUCUGCGGUACCAUGCCCUCGCCAGUUAUAAUCCUACCGGAUCUCUGAAGACCCAAAAAGACCCGUUAUCGACGUUGGCGACUAACGGAGCUGCAAAAUACGGCUUAGGUGUCACCACCGCCGGCGAUUCAAUCACCCUCGACACCGGAGUAGACAAGUCUCGAGUGGCUUCCACCGUUUCUGAUUCUCCUCCGCUGGUCAUUUUCACAGUGGAAGAUGUGCUUCUCCCACAGGAGAUCUUCGGAAUGUCCCCUGCUCCGGCGCCGGGACCUGCUCCCGAGACUUCUCCGUCGCCGGCGCCGUCCGUUGCUCCUUCACCUGCUGAUCUUGUCCCGUCUCCCCUCCUGUCUCCUCCCGCUCCGCCGACAUCUUCUCCGGCCGGUUCUCCGUCGGAAGGUCCCAGCCCUGACUCACAGAACAGCACCGCCGACAAAAACGCUGCCGCUUUCGUCAGGGCUCCGGCUUUGUUCAGCGUGCUGGUGACAGUGUCAGUCUCGUUAAUUGUUGCUGCUACCAUGUCCUAGUUCGUCAUUUUACUUUCCCACUUGUUUAUCAUUAUUUUUUUUUUCUUUUUCACUUUUCUUGGUGGAGUCAUGUAAUUUUAUUAGUGACUGUUUUUUCCUUUUUUCCUUUUAGAGAGACAUUUUCUUUUCGUUUUUUUUUUUCUUCUUUUUGUCACUUGAUUUAUUUAUGUUGUUAAAUUUAUCAGAGAGAUUGGAUUGAAUCGAAUUAUUCUGCGUGAUUUAUUUGUAUUUCCUGUUAUAUCUUCAUUUCUUUCUCAGAAUAUAUAAAUAAAUAAAUAAAUAUAUGUAUAUAUAGUUUUUAUAAUGUGUGGUGCGUUGUAUUCUGUGACGGUGGUCGUCAAUAAGGAAGGAAGCACGUGAAUAAGGGAUUGGCUCUGAGAAAACCUGUGCCGG